CCUGUCCACUCCUUUUUUGUCUUGCUCUUCCGUCUUCAGUGACACCCUUUUGCCGAGCGCUUUGGUCGCACCUCAAAUGGGGGAUUUCCCAAUUUAUUGCCCCCUUUGAUCCAAGCCAAUCGACGCCGGCCCAAGCGAUGCGUCGAAUGCGGGCUAAUUCAACAAAGGACUCUCGCCUAGUGUAUGAAUAACUGAAGUUAAUAACUCCAUGGAUUCGCCGGGUGCUACUUCGUCGGGGUCCAUCCCACCCCCCAUCCCGGAGGUUGAUGAGACGCCAACUGCCUCAUCUGGAGCCGCUCCCGCUCGCUUCACUCUUCCACCGCGCCCGGUCCCCUACCGUCCACCACGCGAGCGUCGAAACGAAACGCAUUCGUUCCCCGACUUCCCGCAAGUGCCGCCGAAGCACCCGCUCCCGAGCCCGCGCAGCGGCCGGUCCUUGAGUCUGGCCCAGCUAUCGGGCCCGAUCAAGCGGAAGCCGCUGUCGUCGACCGCCUCACCUGCCGCUGUCCGCUUCUCGAAAGGGGCUGCAUACGCCGACGCCUUCGCAGACCUCCCCCGGCCGGAACAGCGGUUCGCCAGGUCGUGUUCGCUCGACAGCCCCACGUUGUACGAGUUCCCUGACCAGCGCAGCUUACUGGUGACAAGCUCACUGAGCAACGUGGAUUGGCCGGAGACUCCUGCCGGCAGCGAUCCAUCAUCGCCUGCCAUCGAUCAGUUUACUGAGCCUGCCGUCCCGGCCGCCGGCGCGGGGAACGUGCAAUUGCCAGAAACUGCGGGAAGCAACCCUGCAGCGAGUCAGACCUCGCACACGCUGUCCGAGGAAGAAAGCUUUAGCGCCGAGACGGCCAGUCUGACCACUCAGGAGUCGGAUCCGUACGAGCUCGACGACCUGUACCCCAUCGCGGACUCACCCGAGUCGGACGGGGACGAGCGCGCCACCAUCACUAAUACUAACCCCAAGACUAUGUCCAUGUUUUCGCGGAAGUCGCCUCCUCCGCAUCUUAAUCUAGGGACAAACAGCAGAGAUGCUGCUCCCGCUGUGGCAUCUGCAACACCAAUAGAACAGAGUAAUCUUAAUAAGCCGCUGCCGAAAUCACCGGCCUCCUCCAAGCUGAGCGCCUUCUUUGGCUGGGCCGCAUCUCCAUCGCCUUCGGCGACAUCCAGCUAUUCUGACAAGGGCUUCUCACCUCUUCCCUCGCCGUCGUCACCCAAGCCCGCGACCGCCGUGACCGAGUCCCCCGAGACUCCGAUCACAUCCAAGAGCCAGGAAUUCCCCAAUGCCGCCGAGCAAGACUCGCUACAGUAUUGUGAAACCUACCUCCAAACACCGGCAGACGUCACAACGUCAUUGGGCCAGCUCGAAGAGAUGGAGGACGAGCUGAAGGCCAUCAGCGCCGAGUUGGCGUCGUCAAUCCGGCGCGAGAUGGACUUGGAGGAUUUAGUGGAGAGACUGCAGGAACAAAUCAACAAUCCGCAGAUACCGGGGAAAAGGACUAGCGACUAUUUCUCCGAUUCUGGAUACAGCUCAGCCAAGUUCAGUGAUUAUGACCAGGCAAGGGAGGAGAUCUCGCAGAUUCAGCGCAAGGCAGACCAGGAGAAGGCUCAGAUCCGGCUGGAGCUCACCAACAAACUCCAGGAUGAGCGUUCGAAGCGCCGGCUUUUGGACCAGCAGAUCCAGGAGCUCUCGAAGAGAGCGUCAGAACUCGACGUUGCUCAACUGAACAACGAGGACGCCAGCGGAAGGGUCAAAGAGCUAGAAAGCAUGUGCGAGGACUUGAGCAGAAGGUUAUCGGAAGAGCGCGGGGCCAAAGUCAACCUUGAGGAGCUCCUGGAAGGCUUGAAGGGGGAACUGCAGACGGCGGCGAAUGAGCGGGACAACCUACGCGACGAAGUCGUCCCCCAGCUGCGGGCGCGCGUCGAGGGCCUCGAAGCCGAGGCUGCCGAGCAUGCCAGGCUCGCCUACGACACGUCCAAGAUGCAGCAAGAGCUGCAGUCGCUCAGGUCCCAGAAUGCGGAACUCAAACAAACGGGAACUCGCAUGUCGGAUACGUUCAAGAUGCAAGAAGAGCUCCAGCAGCUCAGGUCUCAGAAUGCCGAGCUUAAGCAGACUGGGACUCGCAUGUCCAUGGCACUGUCGAGGUCAGCGUCAGUCACAGGCGGCUCGUACCGGGGGCCCGUGGCCAAGCUGCGCGCACAAUCCAUUACGCGGUCAAACACCUUGAGACAAAGCGAGCCUCGAGAUGUGCUCGCUGAUAGGUUAAAAGAUGUGGAGGCACAACGUGACGCCUUGCAUAGUGCGCUCAAGAGCCUUCUUGAGCGACAAGAGCUCCAGAACCGCGAGAACGCCAAGAAGAUACGGCAGCUCGAGAUGGAGCGGGAUCGGCUUCUCUCGGCAUCUCCCAAGAAGGCUAGCUACGAGCGAGACGUGUCUAAUCUCCGCGAGGAAAUCAGCGUCUUGCGCCGCCGGGCUGAGGAGGCGAUCGAGCAGAAGUGGCAAGUCGAGAAAGGCCUCGCCGGGCUCAAGAUGGACCUGGAUCGGGCUGAGAGCGAAAUCGCAUCGCUGCGGAGUCUUCUCAAGGAGCACGACAUCCUAAUUCCGGAGACCCUGGCGAGGCCGGGUAGCAGCCAUAGCGAGCACGACCUGCCUGUUACAUCAGCGUCACUAGAACAGGCUUACAGAGAGCUGCAGGCUGCAUAUACGGAUGCAUUGGAGCGCAUCAAAGCGCUUGAGGAGAGCACGAAUCCGGACGAAAAGACGCAGCUCGCCAUGCAACGCCUCGAACAGUCGCUCUCCGUCAUCGUCUCAGACCGCGACCUCGCUCGCACCGAAGCUGAUGCCUACCGCGCCCAGCUCGAGUCUCUCCAAAACUCGGAGAAACGGCAUCUGGAGGCGGAGCGCGACCUAGCCGAGCAACUAGACGAGUCGGCCCGCCGAGCCGAGGAGCUCGCGCAGCAAGUGCGGGCCCAGCUCCAGACCAACGCCACCUUGCGCACCCGCCUCGCCGAGACGGUCGCGCGCGGCGAGGCCGAGCAGCGCGUCAGCACGGAGCGCAUCGCCCGCGUGCAGAGCCGGCUGCGCGCGCUCGAGGAGCAGGUCGUCGCCGCGCAGGACAAAGCCGAGGAGCGCGUCGCGCGCCACGAGGAGGAGCUCGCCAGCCUCAAGGACGCCCACAGCCACCAGCUUCAGCGCCUGCGCGACGCAUCCGGCGGCCUGCGCACCGGUCAGCAGCGCACCUUCCCGCCCAAGUCCCCGCUCUCGCCCAUGUUCAGCCUCAAGAGCCGCGAGAGCAGCGGCCACCGCCUCACGCCAUUAUCGCACCGCAUGUCCAACCCCCUCCUCACCCCGAACGGCCCGCGCCCGGCGGGCCUCAGGCGAUCGGUCACCGACGAAGAGGCGGUCGACAUGGCGGCGCAGGUGGAGGCGCUCAAGCGGCGCGUGGCCGAGCUCGAGGGCGCGCUGGCGUCGGCCGACGCCGAGAUGCAGGAGGUGGUCGGCCGCAUGAGCGCGGCACAGAUCGAGGUGCUCCAGCUGCAGGAGGAGCGCGAGGAGGCGGUGCGUGAAACGCGCCGGCUGCAGCGUGUCUUGGAGGAGGAGAGGAUGCGCGUCUUCCAGGAGCGGUUUAAAAGUAUCUCCACCGAGGUGAGGUGACAUCCAUCCGUCUAAUCCCACUCGAUGAGUGGUGAACGGGGAGGUGGAGCGCAUGUAUUGGAUAGGCGCUUUUGGGAUUUUGGGGUGUUCUUCACUUUAUUUUUUGGGAUACAAAUCCUCUUUUAUCUCUUUAUCUUUUUUGGGAUACUCAUCUG